AUGCUCAUCGACGGUGAGAAGUGGGCAUGCGAGUCGUGCGUCAAAGGACAUCGCGGUCGACCCGUCAAACAGUGUGAACAUUGCCGUGGCGCAAGGAAAUCGAAGUCGCAUCAUGCAAAAUGCGAUUGUGGCGAGAGAAAAGAAAAUUCGGGGUUGGAUGUCAAGCGUACGCAAUUCGACCUGUGCUUGGUCGUUGUGCUCAGAGACUUAACGCUCCAUCAUUGCGCCUGUUUCCAGGGUUCCCAAUGCGUCUGCGGCUUGAAAUCGGAGUCGGUGGAUCCGGAUCUGCCACCGAAGCCUCGCAGCAAGGCACGACCCGGUAUGUCGACCGCACAUUCCGAGAGUACCUUGAUGGUGUUCGCAAAUGGCCAUCACAAACCCUGUCAUCGUUCGAACAACUUGGCCCAUACGUCGGGUGUCCCAUACCGAAUCCCUCGUCAUGCUCCGAGCCAUUCCAUCAGCUCAUCG